AUCGGGGGCCGCGGCCAGGAUCGGGGGGCGUUUUGAGACCGUUUUGUUUUUCGCCUCCACAAAAGGCUAUUGGAAUUUAUAAAUGAUGUCGGAUCGGGACAGGAAUAAAAAAGAGUUAUUGGAGUUAUUGAAACAACACGGAAACAGCCAGUGCGCCGACUGCGGAAUCCCAGAACCGGAGUGGGCCUCCUACACCCUAGGGAUAUUUGUCUGCCUGAAUUGUUCAGGAAUGCAUCGCAACCUUUCAGGCAUCAGCAAAGUCAAAUCCAUCCGGCUGGAUUUCUGGGAAGAUGAUUUGGUUGAGCGCAUGAAAACCCAAGGAAACCUUGUUGCCAAGAAUCACUUUGAGGCAGAUGUUCCUCUUUUCUACUACAGACCACAAGCCUCUGACUGCAUGGUUCUGAAAGAUCAGUGGAUCAGAGCCAAGUACGAGCGUGAGGAGUUCACAGGUGUUGACUCUCAGAGACAAGCAGCCUACACAUCAGGUAAACGAGUUGGGGAACUCUGGAAACGUGGGAGGGACAACGGAACAUUUCUGAAGAGAAACUUUAUCCUGUCACAGAAAGAGGGAACUUUACAGUAUUACGUCAAGGAGGCUAAGGGACCGAAGGCUGUGAUUCGAGUGGCUGAUCUGAAUGCCACCUUACAGCCUGAAAAGGUUGGGAACCCCAAUGGGAUGCAGAUCUCUUACCUGAAGGACGGACGCACGAGAAACAUGUUUGUGUAUCAUUCAAAAGGAAAGGAAAUCGUGGACUGGUUGAACGCCAUCAGAGGAGCGCGUCUCCAGUAUCUGAAGGAGGCGUUUCCAACACUGAGCGACAGUAAUCUGUUGCCAAGAUUAACCAGGAAUUACGCGAUGGAGGGCUACAUGGAGAAGACUGGCCCCACGCAACGCGAGCCUUUUAAGAAGAGAUGGUUCACUCUGGACGCACUCGAUCGCAGACUGAUGUAUCUCAAGGAUCCGCUGGAUGCCUUUGCACAGGGAGAAGUGUUCAUCGGUAACUCUGAGUGCCACUAUAGCGUGAAGGAGGGGUUGCAAUCCAGGUCCAGAGGCAACAGGUGGUCUCAUGGAUUCACACUUGUGACUCCAGAGAGGGCUUUCCUCCUGACGUGUGAGAACGAACAGGAUUUCAAACAAUGGAUGGCAGCCUUCAGAGAGAUUAUCCUUCGGCCCAUGUCUGCCCAGGAUUACACAAUUGAGGCAACUUUCAGACGCAGGCAGAGGUGACUCCAGGAGAGAGUGUCUCUCGGUCAGACCAUACUCGAGCAGCGAGGUAUCGAGGACUGCCCAGAAGUUGAAGGAAAAAGUUACCGUUUGGUGCUCGGUUCUGCCAAAUACAGUGUGAGACAGUGACAGAUAGAAUCACAGAAGAGCCAUGCUGCACUGUGUGGCACACAGCCCUGGGUCCAUGACCUGGAUGAGCUUUCUUCACAAAACAGAUGACUAAUUAAAACUGACUUUACAUUUUGAAACCCUUUAAAACACUUCACAGAAUAUAUUGCAAAGUGGAGUGACUGUAUAUUUUGUGGGUGAGACACAGUAGCCAAUUACAGUUGUGGAUCAAGUGACCAAAUUUUGGUUAGAAGAAAAUGUUAAGAAUCCUGCUUUUCCCAUAAAACCUGUUAAUACUU